UUCAAACCCAAUCAACUAAUCUGUAUGGAGAAUGAAAGAAAUAGCACGGGUGGUGGUGGAGUGGUAUUGAUAUGCUGCUUCCUUUGGCUGCAUGCAUUCAAUUAAUAUUGACUUCGAUUUGAAGCCUUGGAUGAGAUUAGACGUAGCCAUUGAUAGAAUAAUAGAGUUUGGUUUGAAGCAGAGAGAAUUGGAGAAGAAGAAAGGAUGGAGGACAGUGAUGUGUCGAGGCAGAUUCAGCAGAUGGUGAGGUUCAUCCGUCAGGAGGCGGAGGAGAAAGCCAACGAGAUCUCUCUCUCUGCCGAGGAGGAGUUCAACAUUGAGAAAUUACAAUUAAUGGAGGCUGAAAAGAAAAAGAUUCGACAGGAGUAUGAGCGGAAGUCGAAGCAGGUGGAGAUUCGUAAGAAAAUUGAAUACUCAAUGCAGUUAAAUGCAUCUCGUAUAAAAGUUCUUCAAGCACAAGAUGAUGUGGUGAAUUCUAUGAAAGAAUCUGCCAGCAAGGAACUUCUACGUGUUUCUGAGGACAAGAAGACAUACAAAAACCUUCUCAAAGCUUUGAUUGCUCAGAGCUUACUACGGCUGAAGGAGCCAGCAGUAUUGUUGCGGUGCAGAGAGGUUGACCGCAAACUUGUUGAGUCUGUUUUGGAGGAAGCAAAACAAGAGUAUGCCGACAAGGCGAAAGUUAAAGCCCCAAAAGUUACCGUCGACAAUCAAGUGUACCUCCCACCACCACCAACACCGAGUGCAAUGGAUUCCCAUGAACCCUUUUGCUCGGGUGGGGUUGUCUUGGCUUCACAAGAUGGGAAGAUAGUCUGUGAGAACACCCUUGAUGCAAGGUUGGACGUCGUUUUCCGACAGAAAUUGCCUGAGAUCCGAAAGCGCCUUGUAGGAUAAAUGCGGAGAUGAUGUAAUCUGCUUCCUAUGGAAUCAUUUAGUUUUCAUGGAGUUUGCAGUUGGCUGCAUGUUGAAAUUAAUGGUCUCUCUCCUCUUAGGGGAAUAAGUCUGUUACUGUUAGACAGUUGAAUUAAUUUAUGGUAAAAAUAAUAUAUAGUUAAUGAAUCAGCUUAUUCUUAUUAGAAUUUACUGUAAGAAGAUCAAAUAAAUCAUGUAGCUAUAGUGACACAAAAACUAAAUAACUACAUAUACUUACAAAGCAAGCAUUCUAGAAAGAAAAGUAGAAUUUGUUCUACGUUUGGUUAAA